GUGUGAUCGCGGUGCACGACGUUGCAUUGUCAGCUUUUGAAGCACUGUUUUGGUCACUCGAAGCUAUUAUCACCGGAUAAACUGUGCCUGAUUGUGUGCAAACAGCUUCAGCAUGGUGGUGUACUGUUCGGUGCCGCAAUGCCGGACGUAUGCGACAGAUCCCGGUGUAAGUUUUCACCAUUACCCCAAGUGUAAAAAAAUGAGGGAGGCUUGGCUGGUGAAGCUGAAAAUGGGAAAAGAUGCCAACGCCAACUCUCGAGUCUGCAGCAAGCAUUUUCGUGACGAGGAUUUCGUGUACGCCGCCGCUUCUAAGAUGUUCGGCUGGAAGAGGCGUUGGCUUACACCCGAAGCUGUCCCGUCCCUGAGCCUUCCUGUGCGACCUUCGGACCGUCCGCGACGCCCCGAGCGCCGUCCAAAUCGGGCGCAAAACAAAGAGGACAGACCACUGGCUUUGGCUUUCCCUAAAAGCUUGCUGGACGUAUUGCCCGCUGGUGAGGAACAGCCAAGCACCAGUUCAAUGGACAUCACUGAUCAAGAGCUUAACCUCACUGAAGACGGCAAUGAAGGUAACCGUAGUGCAUGAAAAGUGCACAGCACUUGAGGGGGUAGGGCUGUCAUCUCAUGUCACUUGCGUCACGCAGGCAAAACCAUCUAUAGUAUAGCAAGGGGGUGGCAAAGGGAAGUGAGGGUAAUGAGGAGGGGAGGAGGUAC